GUCCGUCUAUUCCAUUUUCCUCAGUUCAUCCCUCCACAUCCCUCCACAUCCCUAAACGACUUUCCACAUCAUUCACCCCGAUUCCAUUUUAAAUGACGAACAAAACUCGUAGUGUUGCGAUUGUCGGCGCAGGACCCGUUGGCGCGCUGAUGGCUGUCUACUUUGCGAACCGUGGGUGGAACGUCCACCUGUACGAGACCCGUCCUGAUAUGAGAUUACCCGAGAACAAAGCCAAGAUCCAGAACCGAUCCAUCAACUUGGCACUCUCCGUCCGUGGAUUGACCGCGUUGAAGGGCACAGGAUUGGCCUUGGACGAGCUGAUCAUGAAGUCCGGUCUCCCGAUGCGCGGCCGUAUGCUUCACAUCGGAAGGGAGGGACAGCUUGUUAGCCAGGAUUAUGGUGUACACGGUGAGUGUAUCAACUCUGUGGACCGCGCAAAACUAAACGAGGAUUUGAUCACGGCCGCAGAGGCGUUAAGCAACGUCCAUGUGUCGUUCAACCUUGCGCUCAAGAGAGCAAAUCUCGAUAAAGGAACCCUCGAGCUCGAGAACAAGAUCACAAAGGAAGUUGUCAGAGCAGAGGCAGACUUGAUCGUCGGAUGUGAUGGCGCUUACUCCGCUGUCAGGAACUCACUAAUGCGCUAUGUCAGAAUGGAUUUCGAACAGGAAUACAUCCCACACGGAUACUGCGAGUUGAGUAUCCCUCCCAAGAUCGGCGCCGAUGGCAAGCCCGAGUUCGCUAUGGAUUCCCAGCACCUUCAUAUCUGGCCUCGUCACAAGUUCAUGAUGAUCGCGCUUCCGAAUCCUGACAAAUCGUUUACGGUGACGCUGUUCAUGCCAUUUGCCAACUUUGAAGCAAUCCACAACGAACAGGAUCUGAUGGCGUUCUUUGAAGAGUACUUCACGGAUGCGGUCACUCUUAUUGGCAAGGACUUUUUGAUUAAGGAAUACUUCAAGAACCCCAAGGGUUCACUCGUCAUGGUCAAGGCGAACCCAUAUCAUUACAAGGACCGCUGUAUCAUCCUCGGCGAUGCUGCUCACAGCAUGGUCCCGUUCUAUGGCCAAGGCAUGAACUGCGGCUUCGAGGACGUCCGCAUCCUGGACUCUCUUCUCUCAGAGUUCAACGUGAAAUCAACCAAGCAAGGCGAUUCAGACAAAUCCCUUGAGCAAGCACUUCAGGCAUACACGGACCGACGCGCGAAGGACCUGAAGGCGAUCUGUGAACUGGCCUUGUACAACUACACGGAGAUGCGUCAUGGGGUCACAUCGCCCGUGUACCUGAUGCGCAAGAAGAUCGAGUCGUGGUUGCAUUUGUUGGUCCCGACAAGGGUGAUUCCGUUGUACACGAUGGUCAGUUUCUCGAACAGACCGUAUUCGGAGGCCUAUGGGCGUCAUCAUCGACAGGGGUUCUGGUUGGGCGUCGCGGGUGCGGCCGUGGGGCUGGGCACGGCGGCUGGGUUGGUUCUCGCCGGGUGGAAGCAGAGGAGACAGCUAAGAGAUGUGGGCGAGUUGUUCAAGGCUGCGUUCUUGAACGCGGCGCAUUCGGUUCAGAAGCUGGUCCAGUAGAAUUUCUGGAGACAGUUAGUCCACGAAACCAAGGAGCGGAUUAUUGCCGCUCAGGAGGAUCCUGUUCCCUAUGGAUGUUCAAUUGAUAGACGGCAAUAAAACCACUUUGUUAGAGGA